AUGGGGAAUGAUCCGGAAAGACUAUAUCGUUUGGAUGGAGUUGCUCAUAUAGCUGGGGUCAUCAAUGACGAGCCCCAGCGAUACAUCUCGAGCAUGCGGCGGCAGCAGGGCAUGCGACUCAACGAGAGGUAUGUUCCAUACUUGCAGAUGGCUGGAUUAUACCAUCUUGCGAGACUGAACGAUAGAUGGUUCAGAUUGGAUGAGCCCCUUGUCAGUGCUUUUAUCGAGAGGUGGCGUCCGGAGACGCACACAUUCCACAUGCCGUUCGGGGAGUGCACAAUCACACUACAGGACGUGGCGUACCAGUUGGGGUUGCCAGUUGAUGGCCGUUAUGUCAGUGGUUGCUUGACGGAUUUCCAGCUAUACAUCCUGGGUGGCCGUCCAGCAUGGGUGUGGUUCCAAGAGUUGCUUGGGGUGUUACUUCCUGCAAACCAAAUUCAGAAGUUUGCAGUGAACUGCACCUGGUUCCAGGAGACCUUCGGAGAGUGCCACCAGGGAGCCGACGAGGAGACAGUGAGGCGCUAUGCUCGUGCCUAUAUCAUGAUGCUGUUGGGCACUCAGCUGUUUGCCAACAAGUUCGGCAACCGUAUACACAUCAGAUGGCUACCCUACGUGGCUAGGCUUGAGGAGACGGGUGGCUACAGCUGGGCCUCAGCAGCACUAGCGUGGUUGUACCGGUGCAUGUACCGAGUGGCCAACAAACAUGUGGUGAAGUUAGCUGGUCCGUUGCAGUUACUUCAAUCUUGGAUCUUUUGGCGCUUUCCUGGGUUUAGACCUGUUGGGUAUGAUACGUUCAGCUGGCCCUUGGUCUCGAGCUCUCCCGACGUACUUCAGGUUGUCCAUCCGGAGGUGUUGGAGCCUCGUCAUACGGCGUUAUGGCGGUGUGUGACUUCAUUGAUAUAUUUCGCCGUCAUAGAGUGGCAUCAGGUUGACCGGGUGCUACUGUAG